AUGGAUGAUUCUGAUGCAAACAAGACCGCCGUCACGCUUAUAUCAUUACGGGCUUAUGAUUUUUUUCUAAAAUGUCAACAUAUUGUAAUGAAGAGAGAAAUGGAUUUGAAUUCGUAA